AUGUCGCUUAAGUCUGAAGCCAUCUGGGCGCCCUCCCCCACUACCACACGCGGACAGCCCACAAUUCUAAGCGCAGACAAGAAAGGAGAGCGCAUUGCAUACGCUUCCGGAAAAUCGAUAUUUGUCCGCUCAAUUGAAAAUCCGGCCGAGUGCCGCCAAUACACGCAACACACGGCUACCACCACUGUCGCACGGUUCGCGCCGUCUGGAUUCUACAUUGCAAGUGGAGAUGCGUCUGGAUCGGUGCGAGUCUGGGACUGUGUAGGGGAAGGCGUCACAAAAGGCGAAUACCACAUCGUCAAUGGCCCAAUCAACGACAUCGCCUGGGACGGAGACUCCCAGCGUAUCAUAGCUGUGGGAAGUGGAAAGGAGCGCUUCGGCCAUUGCAUUACCUGGGAUAGCGGGAAUACUGUUGGUCAGAUCUCAGGUCACUCUGCGCAGAUCAAUACGGUUUCGAUACGGCAGCAACGACCACUGCGUGCUGUCACCGGUGGUGAUGAUACGAGCUUGGUAUUCUAUCAUGGAGCGCCGUUCAAGUUCAACACUAGUAUGGGAUCACAACAUAAUCGAUUUGUGUUCGGCGCGGCGUUCAGUCCUGAUGGAGUUGUGUUCGUGAGUGUAGGUGCGGAUAAGAAGAUUUGGCUGUUUGACGGCAAGACAGGGGAGCCGAAGAACCAGAUUGGAGAGGGUGUGCACACAGGUAGUAUCUUUGGUGUGUCCUGGGCACAAGACUCAAAGAGAUUCGUGACUGCCAGUGCGGAUCAGACUGUUCGAAUCUGGGAUGCCGAAGCUGGAAAAGUCUUGCAGACAUGGCGCUUGGGUGGUGAGGGUGUCAGCAUUCCGCAUCAACAGCUGGGUGUCGUGUGGACGGCAGCCCGUGGAAAUACACUGAUCAUAUCGGUCGACCUCGAGGGAAACUUGAACUAUCUAGUGGAAGGCCAACCAGAACCGGAGAAGAUCAUACAUGGUCAUCAAAAGAAUAUUACAGCGGCGGGAGUCAACAAAAGCACACUUGUGACAGGAAGCUUUGAAGGGAGGGUUCGCGCAUGGGACGUCAAGACUGGGCUUGCCCAUAAAGUUGAAGGAGAUGGCCACAGCAACUACGUAUCCGGAUUCGCAGCAGCUGACAUCAAUGGUGAGAGUCAACUACAGAGCAUUGGCUGGGACGAUACCCUCCGUAGCCUGUCACUCGAAGCCAAGACAUUCACGGGCACAACAAUACCCACUGAUGGCCAGCCUCGCAGUGUAGCAGUGUCAGGAGCAACGACCCUCGUCGCAACCUCCAACGGCAUUCAACUCUUUAUUGAUGGCGAGCCCUCAAGCAUGACUAAAACAUCAUACACACCUACCUGCAUAGCUGCAAGCGGUAGCACUGUAGCAGUUGGUGGCGACGAGAAAGUCUAUAUCUACACCCUCUCCUCACCGUCCUCUUUGCAACCCACUGGCCAGGAACUCCGCCCGGCAACCGCAGCCGUAACAGCCCUAUCUUUCUCCCAGUCCGGCACGAAUCUCGCUGCAGGCACCGGCAGCGGCAAGAUCGUCGUGUACACAGCUUCAGGCGACUGGGCCGUUGCCACAGACCGCUGGAGCGCUCACUCAGGGCGCGUGACGUGCAUCGCGUGGGCAAAAGAUGGUGAUGCUGCGGUCAGCGGAAGUCUGGAUACCAAUGUAUUUGCGUGGAGUUUGAGGGAGCCGGCGAAGAGAGUCAAGGCACCGAAUGCUCAUAAGGAUGGGGUAACAGGUGUGGCAUGGGUGGACGGGCGCGUGUUGAGCACAGGGAGUGAUGCGACUGUCAAGGUGUGGACUUUGCCAUGAAAGAGAUGAAAGCUGAGCGAGCUGUGGUACUUCUAUACCAACAUGCUCAGCAGAGGCUAGCAAUUUGACAUGUAUAAUGUUCACUCGAAGCAAAUUUACUGUCAUUCGGCUAGCCAGUCAUGCUCAUGCAUCCUCCCAAUCGUUUCCUUUCCCAAUCGCGCCGUCACAAACACCCAUGGCAUAUGGAAACAAGGACCAAAACAUGAAUAUUUGGAGAAUUCUGAUAUGUGGAUUAGCUACAGUCCCUUAGACUGCAACAGUCCCGGACCGGACUCACGUAAGACGGAAAAGGUCGCGGCUAGCGAAGGCCUACACCAAGGACUGUUUUCGCCGCUGCUGCUGCUGAAGCUCGGGAGUCUACCUAAUUAUCAAGUCUUGAUAGAAUGCUUGGCUGUCAAUUAUCCCGCAUGAAUGACAGACACAGCUCGUUCUAGCCCAGGU